AUGGAGGAAGUAUCAGAGGGCUCCUACAUUGCGUCGGGGAAGGAGUGCGAUUGCCGCAAACCAAGUGUUGUUCGUACAUCUUGGACAUCCGAAAACCCAGGAAGACGGUUCUACUCAUGCAAUUAUAAGAAAGGAGGAGGGUGCAAUUUUUUUUGUUGGGUUGAUGGGCCGAUGUGCACUCGGUCGGAGCAAUUGAUCCCUGGACUACUGCGCAAAUCAAACGAGCUGCGCCGGAUUCUUCAAGGAAUUCAAGAAGAAAAUGAUAAACUGAAGGAGGAAAAAAAGAACUUGGCAGCUGAGAUGAAAAGGCUGAAAAUUUCCAUGAGGACCAAGUCAAAGAGUACAAUGUGGUUGUUCUUUGUUGAAUCUGCUAUCAUCUUGUAUCAGUAUCUGAAUAAUAAAGACUGUGGUGCCGAAGUUCCGCCCGCUAUUGAUUCCGGCGAGCACCUCCGAGCAGCUCCGUUGCGCCGACGUACACUCCAGCGAACAGCUGUUCGCGAGUAG